AUGGCCUUCACCUUCGCAGCACUUUGCUACCUCAUCGCUUUGAUAGCAGUUGCUUUUUGUAUAUUUUUUGCUAUCUAUACGGUGAUAUGCAUCGAUGAGUUGAAAACGGACUACAAGAAUCCAAUAGAGCAGUGCCGCAGCUUGAACCAGCUCAUCCUUCCCGAGUACAUCGUUCAUGGCAUCUUCACCGUGCUUUUUCUCCUCUCCUGGCAGCUCUUCUCUAUUCUCAUCAACUCACCACUAGUUGCCUAUCAUGUUAUGUCGUACAUGCGCCGUCCCGUGAUGAGUGGCCCCGGCAUCUACGAUCCAACUCGUAUUCUCAACCGUCUCGAGUUGUCUCAUCACAUGCGAGUCGCUUGGAUUAAGCUGGCCUUUUACCUCAUCUCGUUUUUCUACUAUCUCUACGCAUUGAUCUACACGCUCGUCACUGCGUCGUCACGAGUUGCACGAAAACUCGGCCGGUACACGUGGCUCCCAUACUUGGCGACUCUUUUGGCGCUGGCCGCGAUUACGGCUUUCGUUUUGACGCAGUCAAUCCAUUCCCGACCUCGACUCCAAUCGUUUGGCUCUUUGAUUCUAAUCCUUCUCUUUUCGGUUUUGAUUUCCGAUAAUCCUGGACGAAUAAAAUGGCGUCCAGUCAUUUGUGGACUCGUUCUUCAGUAUUUGGUGGCGUUAUUGAUUCUGAAAUGGGAUGCGGGAAGGGAUGGUUUCCGCUUUUUGAUCGAUCAAAUCGUUUUCUUUCUUGGGUACACGAGUGCUGGCACUGAUUUCGUCUUCGGCUUCAUUCCAUCACCACCGAAUUUCUGCGGAAUGGACGGCCCAUUUUCGUUUACGUCUCUCCCAAUUUUGAUUUUCUUCUCGGCAAUCUGCUCAGCGGCCUAUUAUGCGGGCUUUGUGCAAUGGGUUUGCAAAAAAACAGCUGUCCUCUUGCAAUGGACAAUGGGAACGACAAGCGCCGAAUCGCUGAACGCAAUGGGUAGUGUGUUCAUCGGGCCGACAGACGGUUCCCUUUUGAUGCAAUUCGCUCUCCCCACAAUGACCUACAGUGAGAUUGUGGCCGCGCUCGCUGUUGGUUACUCAAUGUUGGAUGGAUCACUUUUUGCUCUUUACAUAGCUUUUGGUGCUUGUCCGACCCUUCUCCUCUCCGCCAAUGUGAUGAGCGCUCCCGCUGUACUCACGAUCUCGAAAAUCCUCAGCCCCGAGGUGCAAAAGAGUAAACAAGCCGACAUGGAGACGUUCGAGUUUCCACCAACUGAGGCGCAAUCCCUUCUUGACGCAAUUUGUAAGGGAGCCGUCUCCGCAAUGGGCGUCAUCUUUGCCAUCAUCGCCAACUUGAUCGUUUUUCUCGCCUUGCUGGCUUUUCUUGAUAAAGUAAUCGGUUUCGUUUGCGAUUGUGUCGGCUACGAGGACGUCACUUUCAAUAAAGUCCUUGGCUGGGCCUUUUUCCCGUUGGCCUACGUGAUGGGCGUUUCAGAUGCGGACACGUGGGAAGCGCAGAAAAAUGAGAUUUUAAAGGUAGCUCAAUUGAUUGGCACAAAAACGGCGCUAAACGAGUUCAUCGCCUAUCAACAAAUGCAGGGAAUGCUGCUGAAUGGAGAGAUUGGAUCCCGCGCCCAAUUGAUGGCGAUUUAUUGUCUUUGUGGCUACUCGAAUCCUUCACAAAUCGGGACACAACUCGGCAUUUACGGAGCGAUGUGUCCAAAGAGGAAAAAGGAUUUUGUGACAGCCGCCCCAAAAGGACUCCUCAUCGGAUCGCUGGCUUGCUUUAUGACGGCUUGUGUUGCAGGCUCAAUAAUCACCACCGAUAUGGGCUGUCGACCGACGACGAACCCGCUGUGUUUCGAUGUUUCAAAUGGAACAAAUCCCGAAUGGAUUUCGGCGCUU